UUUAUCAUCUCAUAAACUUAUGCCCAAAAAAAAAAAAAAAGAAUCUUUAAAGUAAUCAGUUUCUCCAACCACCCCUAUAAUUAUCAUUCCUAAAAAUCCUGUUAAAUGAAUAUAAUAAUUUACAUCAGUAUCAUCAUAACAUCAACCCCACGGGGGUUUAAGGGGGUUGGGUGUUAGAAACUCAAGGGGGUGCAAUCUCUGUUCAGUCCUUCACCUUCUCUCACUCUCUACUUCCAUCUCCACACCAAGAAGAAACAAACAAUGGCUACCUCAAUUUUCAUUUCCCAUUUUACCCUUGUCUAUUUCCUUCUCCUAUCCACUACUUCCCCUAUCCCCAUUUUCGCCAUUAACAUCACCCAUCUCCUCUCAUCCUACCCUCAACUCUCCGAAUUCACUAAUCUCCUCUCCACCACCGCCGUCGCCGCCGAUCUAGCACCGCGCUCCUCCGUCACCCUCCUCGUCGUACCCAACACCUUCCUUCACAACUCCGAUCUCUUAAACAACAAUCAUUCACCUGACAAUCUUGCUGACGUCAUUCGUUGCCAUGUCCUUCUUGAAUACUUCUCUUGGCCUGAUUUUAAACUCAUACCCCCAACCGGAAAACUUGUUACCACUCUGUUCCAAGCAACGGGUCGUGCUCCGAACAAUCUCGGGUCGGUUAAUAUCACCCGUGACCCGACUUCAAAUGCCAUCACUAUCCAUUCAUCCAAUUCCAAUGCUACGAUUAUCAGUCUUGUGAAGACACUUCCGUAUAAUAUCUCUAUUUUCACUGUUGACUCUGUUUUAGUUCCUUAUGGGUUUAAUUUAAUGGCAUCUGAAACACGACCUCCUUUAGGUCUUAACAUAACGAAGACCCUUAUUGAUGGUCAUAAUUUCAAUGUUGCUGCUUCAAUGUUAACAGCAUCAGGGGUAGAAGAGGAAUUUGAGAAUUACGAAGGUGGUGCUGGAAUAACAUUGUUUGUACCGACAGAUCAAGCAUUUACAGAUCUGUCAUCAUCUAUGAUGUUCCAAUCUUUGCCAGCUGAGAAAAAAGCAGAUGUGUUAAGGUUCCACGUGUUGCAUUCUUACUACCCACUCGGGUCGCUCCAAUCUAUAGUGAACCCGGUUCAACCAACAUUAGCAACAGAGAAAAACGGGGCUGGAAGUUUUACACUCAAUAUAUCUAGAGUUAACGGGUCGUUAUCGAUCCAAACUGGGCUUGUUAAAGCGUCGGUGACCCGAACCGUGUUUGAUCAAAACCCGGUUGCGAUAUUCGGGGUGUCAACGGUUUUAUUGCCUAAAGAAUUUUUUGGGGAUAAACCAAUUGAGGUAAAUAAACCAAGAUUAGCUAACCCACCGGAUAUUUCUUUAUCGCCGGUGAAUUCGCCGGAUAUUGACGACUCAGCUAGCCAUUUAUCUUCGCCGCCGGGAUUGGAGGAUAAAACGAUGUCGUCUGUGAAUAGGGAAAGUGUAGUAAGUGUAUUUUUGGGUUUAUGGUGCAUAGGAUUCUAUCUACUGGUGACAAUUAAUUAAUUCUGAAAUCGUGUAAUUAAUUUUUGGGUUCCUGUCAUUUCCAUUUUUCACACGGCGUAUUGAAUUUUGGAUGGUACCAGAAAGAAGCCAUUAACCCUGCUAAAUUAUUUUUUUGUCUCUGUGGAAAUAAUUUAGGUCAAUCCGGGCUCGAACCCGAGAUUAUGGAUUUUCACUUUUAUUUUCUUCUCUAUGUUUUUAUUUUAUUUUAUUUUAUUUUAUGUUUAUCUUCGUUUAUGCAGUUGUAAUAUGUAAAGAGAUCCAAUCAAUUUAUGAUCUGUGUAAAAGUGCAAGUUUUGGCAUUGAA